AUUCCAGUACAGUAUUCCGGUCCAAAUGGAGCGCACAUCCACGUCUCCGCCCUGCGCUGUCCCUGUGCGCCCUGCCUCCUUUCACUGAGUCUAAUCUGCAAAAUGUUUUUUUUCAUACUUUUGUUGGAGCAGCGAAAGGGACUCUGACAGUGGCAGGACGGCGAGGAGUGAAUGACUACUCGUGGGAUAAGUCUGCAAAACCGCCCAGUCGGCGGACGUUUUGCACGGUGGACACGCAUUCAGGCUUUUAAAUGUAGCGACAUAACCAAGUGAGCGCUGCUGUUUUUUCCAGUGAGGGACUUUUCAUUUGCAGAGAUGGAGAGUGUGCAGGCUCUCACUGACGGCGGCGCGUCGGAUGGAGGCGCGGCGAAGUUAAUGAAGAAGCCCAACGGAGUGUCUGUCGCCCCCGGGACUCUCGUAGAUGAUGGUGGUGGACUUUCGGCACCCUCCCGCGGAGAGUGCACGAACGGGAAUAGCCCCCAUCAUUCCUCCACUCCAGCAGGAGCUAGUGCGUCAAAGCGAGCCGCUUCGUCUAAUGGCCGGAGCUCGUCCAGCAACUCCAGCACCCUCCUGUUGAGACGGAGGCGCUUAAAGAGGAAUCUCUCGGCCGCAGCUGCAACCGCCGCCGCCUCAGCUGUCACAGCCGCCUGCGGCUCUAAGAUGAACUCGGCCCUGUCUUCUGCGUCCCUUCACACACGGAGUCUCGACAGGAAGACUCUGUUGAAGCAGCGGCAGAACAUGCAGCUGCAGCCCGCCGAUCGCGAGUGGGUGAGAGCCGAUCUGCACCGGGGCUGCAUACAUGUCCACGACAGACUGACGCCCUCGCAUCCCAGGCCGGUGCUUUGCAAAAUGGACACCACGGCCGGCGAGGUGGCGCUCCGUAUGGGUAAAGUCAGCAGUAAGUCCACCUCGGUUGUGCGCAUCAUUGGGAAAGAAAAUUCAAAGACAGAGCAAAAUGGCAGUAGAGAGUAUGGAUAUGAUGAUAACGCAUGUAAGGUGAGGGCAGACUCUUCUAUGAAAUGCAACCACAGGUCCCCUCUGGAGUCCACAGAGUUGAGGGACAAUCCGAGCGACAGGUUGAGACUUCUGCUCAUUGAGAAUGCAGAUGAGAGGACGAAGCAACAGGAGGUUGAUGGAACACGUUUCACCCCUGAUUCAGAGUCCCAGGACAUCAUCACCUGUUCCCUGUCAGAUUUGAACUCCAACUUGGAAACCCCCAAUGAUGAUGACUCAGAGCACAGGAAUGGUGUGGACAGCUAUGGGCUGAAUUCAGGCUCAGAUGUGGAGAGCAGCACCUUUGAUGACCUGAGCUCUGGAGCGAGGCUGAGUGAGCACCGGGACUCCCUGAGUGAUGACAUGAUCCUGGGCACAGAGGCGUCCAUCCUCAGCCCCACUUUCGACAGUGCCACGGAAGGCCAUGACAUGUAUGGCAGCUCCUCAGACGAGCUGGAGCUGGACUGUCCUGUGUCCAGCACGAGCAUGGACGCCAUCUCCCAACAUCACGGCGGCGGAAUCAACCCUGUCACUGCCAAUUACAAACAGUGCAGUCUGGAACUUUUAAAUGACAUGGUAAACAGCGUGGGGCCGGAAAGCAGACUGAGCCUACACAGUCUGGGAAGCCUUCCAACCAGCAGUAGUGCGGGUUCACUCUCAACAGCCUGUUCUACAGGUAAUACACCUGACAUCCCAGAUCCAGACUGUGGCCAAGUUCCUGCAGCGCCGGGGCCGGCAGAAGAUCACAAUGGAAAUUCCUGUGAUUCCAGCCCUACACUGUAUAUGCAGCUGCAUGGUGAAGCUGUCAGGAGGCUAAGCCCAGAUGAGCGGCCUCUGCAGAUCCAAAAUGAAUUUCUUUUUAAGCUUGGAUUUAAGGAUCCAUGCAGAGUUCAAGAGGAAGGACUUAACACAGAAAUUGGCUCCUUAUUACGUUUUUAUGCAGGAAAACCCCAAAGCAUCGAGAAUUCGGAGCGGGUCCAGCUGUCGGGGACGUACAAUGUUCGAAAAGGGAAGCUUCAGCUCCCAGUCAACCGCUGGACCAGGCGGCAGGUCAUCCUUUGUGGCACCUGCCUGAUAGUCUCUUCUGUGAGGGAGAGCCAGACCGGGAAGAUGCACAUCCUUCCUCUCAUUGGAGGAAAAGUGGAAGAGGUGAAGAAGCACAAUCACUGCUUGGCCUUCAGCUCGGCAGGCCCUCAGAGUCAGACCUACUACGUCAGCUUUGACAGCUUCACGGAGCACCUGCGCUGGCACAGACAUGCCGCCAAGAUGGUGUCCCAGAGAAUACACUCGGUGGACCUGUCCUGCUGCAGCCUGGAGCAGCUUCCUACCAACCUCUUCUACAGCCAUGACCUCACCCACCUUAAUCUCAAACACAACUUCCUGCCAGCAGAUGAGCGGCUGCAGCAGCUGCACAGGUUUUCUCGUUUGCGGAGCCUCAAUCUGUCCAACAACCACCUCGGUCAGUUCCCUCUGGCCAUUUGUGACAUCGUGACCCUGACAGAGGUCAACCUCAGCUGUAACUACCUGACAUCUGUCCCCAGCUCUGUGGGAACCAUGACUAAUUUGCAGUCGUUUCUGUUGGACGGAAACAGUCUGGAGGAUCUCCCCAAUGACCUGGGUUCUCUGCAGAGGCUGAGCUACUUCGGGCUGUCCUUUAACCAGUUCAACCACAUUCCUCAAGUGCUGGAGCGUCUGACAUCCAUGGAGAAACUGUGCAUGGCCGGAAACAACCUGGAAACACUGGUCCUGCAGAAUUUCCGGCUGCUCCGAGUGAAACACAUCGAUUUAAGGCUGAAUAAAAUCUCCAGCAUGGUGCCAGACGAGCCAGACCUGCUGAGGCACGUGACCCAGCUGGAUGUGAGGGAUAACAAACUGACUGAACUGGAUGCCUCGGUCUUCCCCAGACUGGAGGUGCUGCACUGCGAGAGGAACUGCAUCGGCCGACUUAGAGCCAAGGGCUGUCUGCUCAAAGGCAUCUAUGCCUCCAGCAACGAGCUUUGUCAACUGGAUAUCAGUCCCGUGCCCUCCAAUCUGAGCUGCAUGGACAUUUCGAGGAACCACAUGGAGUCACUGCCAGAAUGGAUGUGUGAGGCAAGGAAACUGGAAGUUCUGGACGUGAGCCACAAUCUCAUAACUGAGCUCCCAGCACGGUUGUUCUGCAGCAACAGUCUGAGGAAGCUGAGUGCAGGUCAUAACCAGUUGCAGAAGUUACCUGAAAGAGUGGAGCGCCCUCUGUUGGAGGUUUUGGACGUACAGCACAAUCAACUGGUGGAGCUGCCAUGCAACCUGUUCCUCAAAUCUGACAGUUUGCGAUGCGUAAACGCAUCAGCCAACAAGCUGGAGCACCUGCCACCUUCCAGCCUUUCAGAGGAGAGUCACAGCAUCCUACAGGAGUUCUACCUCACCAAUAACCGACUGACAGACAAGUGUGUGCCCAUGCUGACUGGUCAUUCACACCUACGAAUUCUGCACAUGGCCUACAACCAUCUGCAGACCUUCCCUGCCAGUAAAAUGGCAAAGUUGGAGGAGCUGGAGGAAGUGGACCUGAGUGGGAACAUGCUGAAGACGGUGCCCACCACCAUCAUGAACUGUCGGCGAAUGCACACACUCGUAGCCCAUUCCAAUGCCAUCGAGGUCUUCCCUGAGGUCAUGCAGCUGAUGGAAAUGAAGUGUGUGGACCUGAGCUGCAAUGAGCUGAGCGAGAUCACACUUCCAGAAAACCUGCCCCCCAAGCUGCAGGAGCUGGAUCUGACUGGAAACCCUCGUCUGAAUCUGGACCACAAGACCCUGGAGCAGCUCAAUAAUAUCCGCUGCUUCCGCAUCGAUCCACCCCCAACCUUCUCAUCGAAUGAGGCCUCUGGUGGGCCUACUGUGUGGAGCCAUGGUUACACCGAAGCCUCUGGCGUCAAGAACAAACUCUGCGUUGCAGCACUUUCAGUGAACAGCUUCUGUGGAAGUCGUGAAGCUCUGUACGGCGUGUUUGACGGAGACAGGAACGUGGAGGUGCCCUACCUUUUACAGUGCACGAUGAACGACGUGCUGGCUGAGGAAAUACACAAGACCAAGAGCGAGCAAGAAUACAUGACCAACACCUUCCUCGUCAUGCAAAGGAAACUGGGGACUGCUGGUCAAAAACUGGGCGGCUCAGCAGCACUGUGUCACAUUCGCCAUGACCCCACUGACCCCAGUGGCUGCUUCACACUCACAGCAGCCAACGUGGGCAAGUGCCAGGUAAUCUUGUGUCGUGACGGGAAGCCAAUGUCGCUGUCUCUGCUUCACAAUGUAGGACUGGAGGAGGAGUACCGCAGGAUACGACAGCACCGGGCCAUAAUCACCGAGGACAACAAGGUGAAUGGCGUCACUGACUCGACACGAAUCAUGGGCUACUCCUUCCUCUACCCAUCUGUCAUCCCGUGUCCCUUCGUGCAGACAGUUACACUGACGUCCCAGGACGAGUUUUUCAUAGUUGGCAGCCGCGGCCUGUGGGAUAUGAUGUCUCCAACUGAGGCUGUGGAAGCUGUUCGAAAUGUCCCAGAUGGCCUAGCUGCUGCUAAGAAGCUGUGCACACUGGCGCAGGGAUACGGCUGCACUGACAGCCUCAGCGCUGUCGUGGUCCAGCUCAGUGUGAGUGAAGACUGCUGCUCUUGCUGCUCCUGCUCCGAGCCGUCACAGCCUCCGCCCAGCCCCGGCUUAGGCACUUAUCCGUCAUCGUCCUCUGCCAUCAAGGAGCGUCCUUCAGACGGCUCCCUGCCCGUGCCGCCUUCAUCCUGCAGUGAGAUCAGCAGUGAGAUCAGCACCAGUGAGAUGAGCAGUGAAGUGGGCUCCACUGCGUCGUCUGAUGAACCUCCACAAAGCACUUUGGUGCUGCUGCACGACCAGCCCCACCAUCCUCACCUGCACCUGCACCAUCAGGCCCACUCCCUGUCCCUGCAGCACCAGCAGGCUCACUCCACCACCCCCCACUGUCAGUACCUGUUCCCCAGCUCAGAGCUGCCUUCUGCCCGCAGCUGCUGUGCUCUUCAUCCUGCCUGCUUGGCAGGUUCCUUCCAGAGACAACUGUCCAGUGCCACCUUCUCCAGUGGGCUGGACAGUGAAGAUGAGGAGCCAAUCGCUGGUGUUUUUUCAAACGGCAGUCGUGUGGAAGUCGAGGCAGAUAUUCACUGCCUCAGGGCAGAACUCUCCAGCUCCUCCUGCUCAUCGCUGCAAACAUCAUUGCAACCUUCCAACUGCCAGGAGCGCAACCUGUUGACCAUUCCACCACCUCCACCACCCUGUACCCCAGAGCCUGUUGAUGAAGGUGUGGACAUGAGUCUCUGUGAAACUGAGAAUGGGCUAGAAAGGGAGGAUUCCUGGUCGGGAGGAGGAGUUGGAGAUGGAGGAAAGACAUCUGGAAAGAAGAGAGUCAACGGGUCAGUGGCACGUCAGGAAAAGAGUCACAACAUCAUCGAAGUGGCUGCUGACGCUCCCUCAAAGAAACCCGGCGGCUACUUCACAGCGCCAGCCCAACCUGACCCGGACGAUCAGUUUAUCAUCCCUCCAGAGCUGGAGGAGGAGGUGAAGGAAAUCAUGAAGCAGCAUCAGCAGAAACAACAGAAGCCUCCAGGGACGGAUCAGCCCAUCAACUACUACGACACUCCUCUGUGAGAUGACACCUCAUCUUUCAGCCUCGUCCAUCCUCCAGUGGUGGCUGCAGCAUUCACUUAAAUCUACAUCCUGCAGUUUGACCUUAUCGCGAAGAAAAUGUGUUUCUCACACAUGACAGCCUCUCAGCUGCCUUAUCCUCUCCUUGAAGAACUGUGCACUGUCAGCGCUUCACCACUUUUUACCCAAACUGGUAGAAUCCAACAAGCAAACGAGCCCUUUAAUAAAACUGAGCUCCUUUGAAAGGCUAAUGGACGCAGCUCCUGAUGUCCACGGCCCAGCCCUUGUCACUGACUGUACUGAGUUUUUUUUUAUUUUGUAUUUGAGACAACCAGCUUAGUAUCUUAUUGACACCAGUCUCAAAAGCAUUGGUUUGCCACAAACACAUGUUAAUAUUGAUAGAAAUUUCCUGGUUUGUUAAUUUGUUUUGUAAGAAUUUAACCAUAUCUUUUGAUGGGAAAGCCACUGAGUCGUUGAACUUUUUUUUUUUAAAACUUGAGACAUGUAAUCUUUUUGUUAUUGUUUAGCUAUGUUGAACGGUACACUAGUAAUACCACACUCUAACUGUUGUAGAUAGGGCACUUAAAAUACUGUAUUUCUUCAGUAAAUCAUGUCUCUUUGCCCGUAAAAAGGCAUUAAAAAAGAUUUUGUAGAAAUUUAAAAUACUAACUCCUAGGAGUUGCACAGUCUUUAUGGUGACUCAGUCACUUACUUACUAAUCUUCUCUGAGAGAAAUUGUGAUUUUUUUAAAUGAUUGUAAAUAAGAGAAAUGUUAUAUACAAAUGCUUUUAAAGGAACUGUGUACCUGUGUGUCAGUGAUCGUUUCCAUGGUGGGGAGGAUGAUUUUAUCCUAAAAAGUAGAACUACAAAAAUACAAACACACAAACACAACACAUAUGUUCAUGUGCUAAUACAACUCCAACAUUCCAUUCAUUGUAUGUAAUGAACACUACUGAACAUAUCGUUGCAUGCAUACACAUACAAUACAUCCACACAAACACACUUCAAUACCCACAGCUAAAUGAUCUCACCUCCCCUCUACAGCAACUGUUAUCACUGGCAUGACUGUGUCGAGUUCAAAACUACAAAUAUAUCCAUAUGGAAAAGUGACAACAGAGAUGUUCCUGUAUUUGGUAUAAUAAAUUUUAAAUUUGUGAA